ACCAGGCACAGUCACCACACACCUUUUUCCAUGGAGUAAUUAAGGCCUGCCUCAAAGUGAGAGAGCACUCCCUGCCCAGCUGCAUAAGGGAGAGCUGACAGCACUACCACCGCUACCACCAAGCAUGAAACUCCUGGAGAUUGCCUCCUUUUUCCUUGCUGUACUCUGUGUUUGCACUGUAGGAGAAGAUGGCAAUCAAACCACUACUGUCAGUGAAAGCGCUUCUGCAGUAAAAUCAGAAGCUGUAGUGGAUCCUGUGAAUACGACAGCUUCACAGGCAACAUCAUUGACAGCAUCAGUGCUGGCAGCAAGUUCAACCAGAGCUGCAAGUGAAACCAUCGCAAGCAACUCCACGCCUCCUUCAACUAAUGCUACAAAACAAGCAACACAAGGUACAACAGCACGACCACCAGUGGUGACUUCAGCAGCAAAUACAAGUUUCAGCACAGCAAACACUACACAAGCAAGUGGAAUGCAAGUGGCACAAAAUGGGAGUUUGGAUGCUGCAUCUACUAUGGGAUCUUUUUCUUCUACAGUCUCUACAGAAGGAAGCACUUUUGCUUCUGGAACCUCAGGCCUUCCCGUGAGCUCUCCAACAAGUUUAACGACUUCUGGAAAUCCUAAAAGCAGUUCUGGAAACCAGACUCAGACAGGGAGUGAUAUCCGCUAUUCUAAUGUUAUCUUGCCAAUUGUCAUCACCCUGAUAGUCAUUACCCUCUCUGUCUUCUCACUGGUGGCUUUGUACAAGAUGUGCCAGAAGAAAACUCCAGAGAGACAAGAGAAUGGCGCUGAACAGGCCCAGUCAGACAAAGAAGGAGUCAAACUUCUUUCUGUGAAGACAACUUCUUCUGAGACUGGAGAGCACUCAUCUCAUGGGAAGAAUAAAACUCGGCAACUCUUCACAUCUCAGCAAUAAAUAUAUGUGAAGCAGCCUGUUUUAUCACGAUAUCCAGGAACAUCCCACCAAAGUUGCAUUUCAAUGGGAAAUGUGGAGCAGCUGAAGCUUUUUACCAUCGGGGCACUUGUGUCAAUGACCAGGUUUUGACUUCUAAAUCUCAAGCAUCUCCUUUCACUUCUGGAAAGACAUGUAAUUUUUUGAUGGCUUAAUUACUGGUAUAUCAUAUAUAUUUAUUAUUUUCACAUAUAGUAAAAGCAGGGAAACAGGUUGAAGAGAAUGUAAAAAGAAGAAGGGUGAAGAUAAUGUAAAAAUUAGGUGAUGUUUGCAUAGUAGCUACUAAAAAUGUUUUCUGCACACAGAGGAAGGAAUAUGUCAGUAUACUUUGUUGAACUUAUGGUAGCUAGGGAUCUUUUAAUUGUAUGUAGCAGAAUACAAACAGGGCCUGACCCUUGAAACAGGACUGGGCAAACAGCCACUAUGAAAAUUAAUUCAGUGUUUUCCAUGAGACUCCUCACUGUAGCACAUGCUUUGCUUGUCACAAAUGUUUACAGGGUGGGAUGCCCGGCUGAGAUGCUGAAGUGUGUGCUUGUUUUCUGUGAAGGGAGGAAUAUACCUUGCACUGAGGCUCUUUUAAAUUUUUAAAUUCUGUAAAUUACUGAAUAUAAUCCUUGUAAUGUAGCAGGCAAUAGUUGGUUUUCACCUGUUCCUUGGCUAAUUGCAUUAUGUUUGCUACAAAUAUGACUCCCAUAUAGCCUGGGGCACACAGUGGGAAUCAGCAAGGGAAGCAAUUUCACAGAUGAACCUUCGUCCCUGUGUUCUGAGUAAUGCAUUGGAUUCCUGUGGGUUAUUGAAUAACUCUGGAAGUUUAGAGAGUGUUUCAAGUGCUAAUUACAGUAGCUCUUAAUUUGUACAGAGCUGGCAGUUCCAAAAUAUCAAGUAGUGCUUCUAUCUGCAUGUACCCUACCUUUCUAGAACUAUAAAUGUUUGAAAGUUAUAUUACUGUGAGCAUCUGCUCAGUCUCAAUCCACUGACUUGUAGCAUUCCAGGAAUUACUUUUUUUUUAAUUGAAAAUUGAAAGAAGACAACUGUUGGUCUAAGUGUAGGACCAAGAUCCAGGAUGAUCAUGUAAGUUUUGUUACCUAUUGAUACAAUACUUUUGAGGAACUUCUCUCUCCAAUUUCCUUCUCUGAAAUAUUAAAACUUGCCUAGCAUUAUGGUAAGAGACUGAGCAGAUUUAUUAGUUCAUGUCUAUAGACAAAUCUGAAAAGUGUUUAUUUCCCUGUGCUUGGCCAUUGCUCUUACUUCCACUUUGGUGGGUCUGAUAAUCUUCUGUCUUAGUGGCACCAUGGAAGACUUUUGAUGAAGCUUGAUAAAAGAUGGGGAACAAACAAGUGUCCAUGCUGCAGCUGAACUUACGUGGUUCAUUCAGGUAUUCCUGGAUCACUUGUGUUCUUCAGGAGCAGAGGAGUCUUGGAUGCCUACUUUGGAAAGGUCAGGCCAUCUGAAAUAUGCUAGUUGGCAUCUACAACUAUUCUGGUUCCUGAUUGAUGAAGUUUCCUUCAAAAAAAAAAAAGCAGUCACUGUGGAUUUUCAUGUUGAUUAAAAACCCAAGAUAUUUUGUGGUAUAUUGUAUCACAGUGAAAGGACAGUAGAAAAAAGCAGAGAAAGAUUGUGAAAUACCUGUUUGUGUUUUUGUGCAAAAUACAUUCAGAAAAUACCAUGUUGUGUCAAGAAAAAAAAUGUACUGCCUAUUAAAAUUUAUUAUCUUUA